GUAAGGGCCGAGGCUCGCGGAAGGGCCACGGAGCAAAGCGCGCGGAGGACGAGGUUCUCGGCCAGGGCGGCCCGGAGCAGUCUGGGAAGUGUAGUCCGCUGAGUGGCGGGGCCGACGGGCGGCGGGCGGGCCGGGGUUCCGGGAGCUGGCUCGCGGAGAGGUAGAGGUGAUUGCGCCUUUGAAUACUGGAUCUGGAGCAACAGGAAGUGCUUGUUUAAUGAAUGACCUGCCCUUCUAGGACCCAAGGGUUAGCCCGGUGAACUGCCGGCAGUUCACUGGAUCUGGGCCUUUGUGGAUUUCAGAAUGCUUCGACGGAAACCAACCCGCCUGGAGCUGAAGCUUGAUGACAUCGAGGAAUUUGAGAGUAUUCGAAAGGACCUAGAGACCCGUAAGAAACAGAAAGAAGAUGUGGAAGUUGUAGGGGGCAGUGAUGGAGAAGGAGCCCUUGGACUCAGCAGCGACCCCAAGAGCCGGGAACAAAUGAUGAACGAUCGCAUUGGCUACAAACCCCAGCCCAAGCCCAACAAUCGCUCAUCUCAGUUUGGAAGUUUUGAAUUUUAGUGAUGGUGUAUGUUGUAGGCCCAGGCACGGAGGGAGAGGACAGCGAAAGCUCAGACGAGUUUAGAGAAUGGAGUGUGUGUGGUCAAGCAGAUUGGCUCACUUCCGGGAGAGAGACAGAGGAAUUCUUCCUUGUGAGAUUACUGACACAUAACCUCUGUAAACUGAAAUGCAAACAGAAAUUUGGCUCUCGAAAACGUCUGAUUUUUGUUUUUAAAAAUAAAUUUAUUUUUGGAAGCGUG